AUGGCGGUGCAGAACGUCAUUGGUGACUCCUUCCGCGGCGCCACCUGGGUCUCGCUGCACAACGGCGGUGGCACAGGCUGGGGCGAGGCCAUGAACGGUGGCUUCUGUCUUGUGCUGGACGGCUCCGCCGACGCCGAACGCCGCGCCAAACUAAUGCUUAUGUGGGACGUUCUGAACGGUGUGACCCGCCGCUCGUGGAGCGGAAACGCGUGCGGCUAUGAGACGGCGGUGCGGGCCAUGUCCCGCGUGGAGGGGCUGAAAGUCACUAUUCCGCAGCACGUCAAACCUGAGGUGCUGAAGAAGUACUAG